CAACUCUCCUUUUCCCCAUCACCCGCCACUGCCCACGCCAUGUCACUCACUCUCAACCCCAGUAGUACCCUGGGGUUUCCAAGACCCCUCACGCAGCAUGUCAAGCGAACGCUGACCAUCUCCAAUCCAAACACGCAGCCGGUUGCGUUCAAGGUCAAGACAACCGCUCCGAAGUUGUACUGCGUACGACCGAACUCGGGCCGAGUCGAACCAAGCGAGACUGUCGAGGUUCAAGUUGUUCUUCAGUCAAUGAAGGAGGAGCCCCCGCUUGGCGCAAAGUGCAAAGACAAGUUUCUGAUCCAGAGCACGCUCAUCACGCCAGAAAAGGAGACGCUGCCGCUCACAGACAUCUGGGGUGGUGAGCCAGCAGAGGACGCUAUUCACUCGCACAAAAUCCGUGUUGCCUACCUGCCACCGGAAGGACAAACUGUCCCCGAAGAGGAGGAGCCUCAUGUUUCUGUGAUCCAGCCACCGCCAGAAGAGAGCGGCAUCCUAAACUACAAUACUGUCCUUCAGCGCCAAGAGAACGGACAUGCGCCGAUCCCAGACUUCGCACAAGACCAUAGUUUCGAGGGUCCGCAGACGGACACUGAACAGCACCACGAUGCGCGUUCAUCUCCUCCACCACCCGUUCCUCGUCGCGUCGAAGAGUCCCCUGUAGAGCCCUCGCCGUCGUCCGAGCCCGUCGUCCACGUCAAUGUUCAUACUCCUCUAGCGCCCACACCAAUCGCGCCAAUGCCGUCGCAGCGAGUCGAGGUCAUCGACCCGAACCCAGAGCUGAUGGCGAAGCUGAGUGAGGCGCAAGCCGAGAUCGGACGUCUACGGAAGCUUAUCUCGUCCAUGCCCGACCCGAGCACGGUGUCGUCACAGACGUCCCCCACGGAACUGCGCAGGCGCACACGCGCGGCCUCCGACGACGGCAGCACAGUCGUCUCGCAGACUGAUGUCAGCAGCUACGUCGACGAACGGAUGCCGCCGCCCGAGGGUGUCCCGCUGCAGGUCGUGAUCAUCAUUGCCCUCGGUGUUUUCAUAACCACAUAUUUAUUCUUCUGAUCAUGGGCCAUGCGUCUCGUUUUAUCUCACGCUAUAUGCGCUAUAUGGUUGCCCCUCCUGCGCCACUGCAGUCCCGAUACGCUCGUUGUUACCCGGUCCGUUAUAUGCUCCUACGUAACGUAUCGCCCCCUAUGUAAUUUCUGUCUCGGAUUCUUAGUCUCGUCUCGUCUCGUGUCGUUCUCGAUAUCAGUAUGGGUCCCAAAUGAUGCAUAGGAUGUUACCAUC